UCUAAUCAAAACCCCACAACUCUACUUGCCCGGGGGUUCAACGUUCAAUACAAUAGUCCAAAGACAGAUAACUCUUUUCCUUUAUAAAAGAACAACACGUUUCCAACUUUAAACUUACACACCAUGGCUCAUCUUCAAUCUCUUAACAUCAUUGAAACCAGUCACAUCUCUCCCUCAAACGGCACCGUUCCAUCCACCACUCUUCCUCUUACCUUUUUCGAUGCACCGUGGCUCACUCUCCCACUCGGAGAAUCUCUCUUCUUCUUCUCUUACCAAAACUCAACCGAACAUUUCCUCAAAGACUAUCUCCCUAACCUCAAACAAUCACUCUCCACCACUCUCCAACAUUUCUUCCCUUACGCCGGUAACCUAGUCACCCCACCUCGUCCUGACCCUCCCUACUUACGCUACAACGAUGGCCAAGACUCUCUUCUUUUCACAGUCGCUGAGUCUCUCGGAACUGAUUUCGACCUUCUCAUAACUGAUUCUCCUAAAGACAUCAAAGUGUUGCAUGACUUCUUGCCCAAGUUACCUCCUCCUCAUGUCUCUCCGGAGGGAAUCCAGACACGGCCAGUAAUGGUGAUACAAGUCACUAUCUUCCCUGGAAAAGGAAUCUGCAUAGGAAACACGUCUACCCAUGUUGCAGGAGAUGGAGUCACUUUCACUCACUUCAUGAAGUAUUGGAUGUCACUGACCAAAUCUAACUGUAAAGAUCCUGCCACGCUUCUCCUACCCUCUCCGCCUAUUCACAGCUGCAGAAACAUUAUCAAGGAUCCAGGCGAGGUAGCCGCAGGACAUUUGGAGAGGUUUUGGAGCCAAAACUCUGGAAAACACGGCUCACAUCACACGCCUAAGAACAUGGUCAGGGCUACUUUUACAUUGAGCCGGAAUCAGAUAGACAGUCUCAAGAGUUUGGUUACAGAGCAGUCUGUGAAUCAAUCUCCUGUUUCAACCUUUGUGGUGACUCUAGCUUUCACUUGGGUGAACCUGAUCAAGACACUUGUUGGUGAAACAGAGGACAAAGACGAAGAGGUCUUCAACUUGAUGAUUAAUGUGGAUUGCAGGAAUCGUCUCAAGCUCACAGAACCAAUACCAACCACAUACUUUGGCAACUGUAUGGCUCCUGGUAUCGUAUCUGUCAAGAAACAAGAUUUGCUUGGAGAAAAAGGGGUUUUGGCUGCUUCAGACGCAAUCACGUGGAGAAUCAAAGAUAUGUUAUCAAGCGAUUUAUUGAAAACAGCACCGAGUUGGGGACAAGGUGUGCGUAAAUGGGUCAUGUCACGUUUUCCAACUUCUAUUGCAGGAGCUCCUAAACUGGGAUUAUAUGAUAUGGAUUUUGGGUUAGGAAAGCCUUGUAAAAUGGAGAUGGUGCACAUUGAAACAGGUGGUUCCAUUGCAUUCUCAGAGUCAAGAGAUGGGAGUAAUGGUGUUGAUGUUGGAUUAGCACUGGAGAAGACGAAAAUGGAUACCUUUGUUUCGAUUUGGCAACAGGGGAUCAAAAAAUUCAACAAGUAGCAGGACACAAGCAACUUCACUAUCUAUGUUUCAUAAAUAUCAUAGACCCUUUUCAAUAUUCAGUAAGAUGCAAGAUUAGCAACCAUUAAAUAAGUAUGAUUAUCUACUUUCCAAAAAGGUCACUGAAAGACUGUUGCAUGGUGAUUAUAUUUUCAUCCUCUCAUCCAAAAAACUUUAUUAUGUUAAGUACCAGGUGAUAAUAUUUCCACCAAGUUCGUUACUUCUUUCCUCCAAUAAUAUAUCAUUAUCCCUUUGUAUCAA